UCUUCUCCUGCGUUAUCAACUCCAGGACCGAACCACACUCUUGGGACGCAAUUUACUCGAUUAAUACAAUCAAAUCAGCAAAAACAACAUGGCCAGGAGGAGGUGUAGAAGAACUCCAAUUAGUAUGAAGACGAGAUUUCCUGAACUCAUGCAUAUUCCUUUGAACCAAGUUGAGCAAAAAGCCUGGCUCGAGUUUAAAAAGCUCGACGAUGGUCACCCUCCGAUGCUUGAGUAUCUCAGUCCCGAGCUGCUUAAUGAAGUAAAAAGGCCAAUUAAUCUUGAUCAUCCCUUUGUUCAUGUUAUCGCUGACUUUGCCGUUGCUUCCUUCAACAAUAUCAUCCAGAUGUAUAUAAAGAAGGAUGUACACAACAACCUCCAUGAUUAUGAAGUUAUGGAGUGCGAUUACAUACAUGUAUUUCAUAGGUUUUAUCGCUUCUACAUGACCAUCGAGGCCAUCGAAGAAGGCAUUCUUGGCGUCUAUAGAACGGAAGUUUCAUGCCAUCCUAUUGAUGGUUGCAAAACAAUGACCAAGUUCUUUCUUACUGAUCAUAUACCAACUGGUAAGAUUGCAAAGGCGUUGCCUCGCUUGAUUUCCCUGAAAUACCAAUACAAAACUCUAAAAGGUAUGAGAAGAGACUUAGAGAUCAAACUGGGAGCAACACACAAGUCUGUGAAAGGUAAGAAUGAAGUUGAGGUGAAAGCCGAGUUGAUUCGCCUGAAGGAACUACAUAAAGCUAUGAAAGGUGUAUGCAACGUGCUUUAUUGGAAUAUCCGGUCAAAAAUACCAAAAACGUGGAAUGAGACGAGUAAUACAGAAGAUUGGUCGGUUUCUCUCUUUCCUAGGUAUCUUCUGGCGGAGCGGAAUGACAAUGCCACUUGCAAGGGGUACAACUUUAAUAAUCAAUCAAGGCUUACAUAGUUUUCAGGUUUCCAAGUAGCUCAUGAUCAAAUCUAAAAUCUAUAAUAUAAGGUGCGAGUACUCGAUUGACAUAUUCUUAAUGGUCAUCCUAAGAUGUUUACAUGUUCCACAAAUGAUGACAGUCUAGUUGAAAUGUUCUAGAAUUCUGGUUGACAAGUGCAGAUAUUGAGUAACAAUCAUCAUAUGACAAUUAAUGUUUAAUUUCA